CUGAGAGAGACGAGUGUGGUGUUUAUAAUGCCAUUAAGCACGUUGAGUCGCUAACCUCGCUAGCUAUAAGCUCUAACUGUAUCCACUGUGUGACCAGCCCAGCUCGCCACGAACUCAAAAGAGCUAUUACAUGAUCAAUCGCAGUAAUAUACCGCUUCGAAUGGUGGUGUGUGUAUUAAGCCCAUUGCUUCUAGACCCACAUGCUUGAAGAAGAGUGGUACAACAUAACAUUUACUUUUCCCCCGAUUUUUUCAGCCUGUGCACGAGUUCUUCUCUUCGCCAUAACUUGCUUUAUGCGUGGCCCUAUUGUCAUUGAACGCUUCUUGAAAUUGUGUGACAAUAGACUGACAGUAAGAAAGCCCAACAGAAUAAAUACACGGACAGACUCUUACAUGUUGACUCUGUCGAUUGUGCACGCUGAGGAAAAAAAACCUCGUCACUCCCCGCAGUUUCCUCAUUCUAUUGCGGUGUUUUAUUAUAUGCUCGCAAUCAUCCAAACCAAGUGACUUUAACUCGUGUGGACGGUGGAGUUUGAACACUCACGCAGUACUCCGAGAACGGUAACUCGCUCUUAAAAUCAACUCCAACAACUUUUGAUCACUAUACAUCAACGCUCAAGUGACUCAGUGACUAAAAAGGUUGAUUACUGACAACAUCACGUCCGCUGGUGCGCUCUCUUCACAUAUCUACCGCAUACCGUGACCAGGUCGUAGCCGAGCACCCCAAGCGCCAAAGUGACUUCACAACAUUCGUUUUACGUGUAUUCAUACCCACUUGCUGCCGUUGGCUGUAUGGGGAAAACUGACGUGAUGGAGAAGGGAUGGGUAACGACAUCAGUGAGCCCUAAAUCUCUAAAUCAUGAACAACAUAGUUCGCUUCUCACUGGGGUUGACCGGCACAGCAUCGACACGGCUUUCCCAAUACGUGGAAUGAGUGGUAUGGCGUACACUAUACCCCCAGUACCUGGACCACCGAAUAUGAAGGGGCCCCCCUUCUCAGUUAACGGCAUCAGCCUGGCCGCUCACAACGUUGACUCGCUUCAUCCGGCCAUGAAUUACCACAGUUUUUUCGCAGAUCCGCCAAGGAAAACCAGGCGAGAAAGAACAACUUUCACACGGGCCCAACUCGACGUCUUAGAGACGCUGUUUGGCAAGACGAGGUACCCGGACAUUUUCAUGAGAGAGGAAGUGGCCCUGAAGAUAAACCUACCCGAGUCCAGAGUGCAGGUGUGGUUUAAGAACAGAAGAGCAAAAUGCCGCCAACAAGCCCAGCAACAACAGAAUGGCACGCCCUCUAAGCCACGCCCAGUUAAGAAGAAGUCCCCAUCAAGAGACACACCCCCAAGCAGCGACUCGCCCUCCUCCUACAAGUCUUUGCCCAUCACCUCGAUGCCCAACAAUAAUAGUAUCUGGAGCCCAGCCUCAAUUCCACCCCCACCGUCCAUGGGUGAAUCUAUAGCCUCCAAUAACAGCUGUAUGCAGCACCAAUACCCUAUGGCCAACGCCCAUCAGGGAGCGUACGCCCAGGGCUACCAGUCAUCACCUUACUUUGGUAACCCAAUGGAUUACCUCCCUGGUGUCCCGCAGUUCCCAGGUGGUACCCUGAGUCAGAUGACGUCGUCUAUGAACAGCACACACAUGAGUACUGCCCCUGCGCAGCUCACUCAAACACACCCUGGCAUGGGCGGGUCAAUGCCCAGUUCCAAUGCAGACUGUUUAGAAUCUAAAGAUCCGUCGUGGAAGUUCCAAGUCCUGUAACAUGCUGUGACCUGGGAAGGAAAACCCCUCAAGUUAGUGAUGAAACGACCACGCUACUACAAGGGGAUGUAUUGUAGCAGUAGGUUAUCCACUGUUACACCCCAGUAUAAAGAUCUACACAGAGCCACUGUAACUCUUAGGGUCAACUUGGGGUCAAACAGAAAGAAGGUCCUCAUGCUGCGCCCUCACCAGCAAACAGACGAACUCUGAAAUGUGACGGUGUAUUGAGACUGUUCUUGCUACCAUCAAAACAGCUGGAUGGGGCGCCUAGAAAAAAAGAAGCUUUGAAACAAUCCACCAUUAUUAUUAUUGUUGUUAUUAUUGUUAUUAACUAAGGAAAACAUUCCAAGAAUUUUCAACUCGAAACGUCAGCGUGCACUCUAAAAAACUUCCAGGUCAAAGUUGACCCGGAUUGCGAGUCCUAUUGAGCUGGCUGGGUCAGUUUGACCAUGAUUGUGUUUCAAAAUUACCAGUUAAACUUACAUAGUAUCUGAGACAAGUUCACAUUAUUUUGUUAGCCAGUUUCUGGGUCAACGGGACUCAGAAUACAAUUCUUCCCUGACUCGGGAGUUUUUAAAGUGUGAUCGGGGUUAAUUGUUAAAACGUUACUAUUUAAUGAUUUGCAUCUUGUGCGAACAAACUAUAAUCAAAUACUGCACCACAAAAUUAUUUACAUACAUACGAGAACAACAGUGGUGUGGGCGUCAUUCGAAUGCAACUAAAAUUAAAAUGUUCAAAAAUGUGUUUUAAAUUAAAGGCGUUUUAUAAAGAUAGAAACAAAAUACCUUGUACGAUUUAGACAACAAAUAUUAUUGUUGAUUAUUGUUGACAAUCGCCGAAAUUGAAGGCCUACCUAAAAAAUUUUCUGUUCUUUAGAUUUCCCCUCCUAAAAAUACUUCAUCUUGACUUAUUUUUUCGUUAUCAUCAUUUGUUUUUCCAUUAACAAAAAUCCUACUCUAAUUAUUGACAAAGGUCCAUAUCAACAGGUCGUCGAACUCUGUGUUCGUACAUUAAUGUUUGUAUCGGGUAAUCGGAGCAUUGGUCGUCACUGUCGCUUUAGGUUUUUGGGGGAUAUUGGGUAAUCUGUUUCCAGUUUUCUAGUUCAUUCGAAUUCGUUUGACUAAAAUUCUCAUUUAUUUUCCCAUAGUAUAAAAACAAAAUAUGCCUCUAUCAUCAUCAUAACGACAUCUUUACAGUAUAGAUUUCGAAAACUAAAUGGAAACAAAUUUGACACUGCAGAAGGAUCUUAUUCAAAAGCAGUGCUUGUAGACAAUAUGCCCUAAUGACAUGCCCCUAUAUUGAGACAGGAAUUCAACAAUUAUUAUCCAUGGUCGAGUCGAGCCACCAACAAGCAAAAAGUAUUUAAGAAAGCAUUUAUUUAGAAAGAAAGUUAUGAGGCUGGGAUUUCAAACUUAACAAAUUUGGUAAAAAUACAGGGUACUUUGUAUUUUAAGGUAGACAUCUUUAUAGUAAUGUUUUAUAAAUGAAAUUAUUUGUAUAAAGAAAACGUACAUCUAACUUCACCACAGGGUAUUUUUGUAAUUUGUUUUGCACAUCGCUCCGGGUUGGGGCGCCCUCUAUCUUUUUCACACCCAUAAUGCACCAUUAGAUUCGUUCACUUCCUUUGGGAAAAACCGGACCAGAUAUUUAUUUUGUAGGAAUUAGUUGUAUCGUAGCUCCUGACUUCAGUGUGUUGUUGUGCUUUGACUCUGUAGUUAACUCAUUAGAUCACCAUUAACAAUCUCUUCAAAGAAUCAAUGUAUUUUGUUAGUUUUUUUUUUUUUUUUAAAUAAACUUAAAAAACAACGAUUCUCUCAUCGAUUACUCAUAAUUGCUUCUUUCGUUUUUCAUUUUUUUUUGUAAAUAUGAAAAUUAUCGGUAAACAUUGUGGAUAGCUGAAAUUAAAGAUAAACAUGAACUUAUUCUGAACUGUGAACUAAAUAAUGUAAAAAAUAUUAGAAUGUAAAAACAGAAAAGAAAACCUCUUAAAACUUGUUGAGGAACAUUUGUUUGUAAAUUAUUUGUGAAGAUAAAGUAAAAAGUGAAAGCAGGGUUUUAAAAAAAUUCACUGUUUGUAGAUUUUCUGUAAAAUUCUGUUGAUCAGGUUAUUUGACAAUAUUUUGAUUCGAUAUAAGUUUGCGAUCCCAAAAUAUCAUUUUUAAUCAAAUUUACCACACAAUGGGAACAAGGCCGGAGUCCUCUGUGACGUCACGGUGCAUGUAUAACCUUGAAGUUUAUAACUGUUUAAACGUUUUUCUUUUUAAAAUUGUCUUUAUUAUGUUAUUUAUGAUAAAUUUAUAGAUUCACUUAUGUCAGCACUUUAAUUUCGAAUUUACUUGGUUGAGUAAAAAAAGGGUUCAUAUAAUCUGCUGACUUGAUCAGUAGUUAAUGGAACAGGGUAUAAAUAAAUAAAACAGGGUAAUUUUA